UGUCGUUUUAAACUGAUGACAGGGCCUUCACCUCGUCCAUUGCAUUAUCGAUUUGAGCAAUGGAGUUAGUCAGCAAGGUUUUCCUAACUGUUCAUAUCUUCUGCGAGUUGGUGAUAUCAACAACACCUUCAGUAUGCCAUCUUCCCAAAGACACCGGACCGUGUGAUGGCAUAUGCCCCCGCUGGUUCUUCACUUCUCACACGAGAACGUGUGCAGAAUUUUACUAUGGAUGCUGUGGCGGAAAUGCGAACAACUUUAAAACAGAACAGGAGUGCCUGAAUGCCUGCAAUAACGGCUGUCCUAAUGGUCAACACAACUUGUUCUGCAAAGCACCAGCGUGUCAGGUGACAUCGUGCCAGAAUUAUCCCACAGCAAAUUGCACAGAAGUCUGCAAUGGUUGUGUGGCAAUUUUCACAGUACAUGGGAAGGAUGUGACGAACAUGUGCAGUGCCUUAGGCUAGUGGUCCUCGAGAUUUCUUUCCCAAAUAAACAAAAAUGAAUCCAUGAA